ACAACACUUGCAAUAGUAGCCUGCACAUUUUGACAGAUUCAACACGUGCGGCUAAACAUUUAGUUUUGGAAAUUUGCUGUUAAAAUUGAUAUUUACUUUAGUUAAGAAAGUGGCAGGUAAAAUUUUUGCAAACCCAUAAAAGUAUUUAAGGCAAUGGUUUGCAUCCGACCAGCUGCAAAGCGAAAUACCAUUAUAGUGAAGCAGUGCAGUGUAGCAAACAAUUCGUAAGCAGCCAAACGCGUGCCCAUCAAUAGCUCAGUUACCACUGUUGAAAAACUUCGGUAAUAGAAAAGUAAACUUCGAUAAGAACUAAGUUCACUGCAAUGGAUUUUGAGGAGCUUGACAAGCUGGAACUCAGAUAUUUGGCAGGAGCCAGUAUUGUGCAGCAUACGCCGCUGUUUUCGCCUGGAGGAGAGUUCCUAUUUAUACGCUCCAAAGAUGUAAUACGUGUAUAUUCCACAGCAACGGGUGAGGUAGUACGGAAACUUUCCGGCGCUAACGCUAACCUUGUCUCGAUGGAAUUGGAAUUACUCGACAAUGAAACGCUUGUUGCAUGCACAACCAAUGGUGAGGUGUUGCGAUGGUAUUGGCGUACUGGACGCCUGCAGAAAACGCUUCGUUUAAAAAUGUACAACAACCCAACAUUUCUCACUUUUAAUUUAAUUAAUUUCUAUGGUAACUCAAAAACUGCUUGUGCAUUUGUGACAUUCCGCAACGAAAAUGAGGAUCUGGUAAAAUGGUUUGUUGUGGAUACAACGAGUGGGGAGCGCUUAAAUGUGCCAUGCACACUAAAAUUACGAGACGAGGAUACGCUUGUGGCAGUGGAUGCGAAAAAAUUUAAGUAUAUCGCAAUUGUGCAGAGUGACUACAUCUACUUCCUUAAUUAUAGAACGUGGGAGUGGAGAAGAUUGUUUAACGCCCGCCACGUGCCCAUCACCGUUGUGCGCACACAUCCGUUCGAAGAAUCGGUUAUUACUGGCGAUGAAACGGGUAAAAUUUUUUUGUGGCGAGAAUUUAUGAAUAGCGAAAGUGUAGUAAAGACGACCCUCUAUCAUUGGCAUCACACGGCUGUCUCUAGCAUUGCUUUUACACCUACCGGCACGAGUUUCUACAGCAGUGGCAAUGAGUCCGUACUCGUGUUUUGGAACAUUAAGCGUCCCGACUUGCAAAAGUUCUUACCGCGCCUGGGUUCCGUAAUACGACAACUAUGCGUUUCUGAUGACAAUUCGAAAGUUGCCGUUUCUACCGCCGAUAAUGGCGUCCAAUUCGUUGGCACCGACAGCAAAAUUAUGAGUGUUUUACAAGAAUUCACUUACAUGGAGGAUGACAAGACAGGCAACAACAAAUUCCCAGUCGGUUUACGUUUGAAUCCACGCACAAAUACGAUUGUGCUAAAUGGCAAGCAUGGACACUUACAGUUUUAUUCUGUAUACAAUAAAAGUUUGUUGUAUAAUAUGGACAUAGUUAUGCAAAAUCCACUGUCUAUGGAGACCGAUAAGGUUCUAUACAACAUAAUCGUGACGAAGGCCGCAUUUAAUAUCGAUUGGAUGGUGACUGGUGAGGUAUUUAAUGAUCAGGAACAUUUGCCUGAGUUGCGUUUGAAAUUUUGGUACUAUAACGAGGCAGCGAAAACUUACACAUUGAAGACAAAUGUCGAGCUGCCGCAUGAGCAUGGCUUCAAAGCUAUUGAAUUUUCCAGUCCAAAUCGUGUCAAUAAUUUGCUGUGCGCCACGGUUGGCGAAGAUAAUAUCAUAAAAAUGUGGUCGCUCGAGGAAUCGGAUGAUAUUUAUAAAAAGGGAAAAGUGUGGUUCUGCAUAGCGCAAGCUAACUACCAAGAUUUGAAUGUAGAGUCCAUUUCAUUUUCGCAAGAUGGUUCUUUGUUAGCCGCAGGUUACGGCAAUACGCUUUGCAUUUUUAGAGCUGAAAAUUUGCAACUGAAAGCUGCGCUCACACCACCGCCGGGCUUUGAUGGUGUUGUACCCCACAUACAGGUGUGCUUGCGCAGCAAGGAGCAGGAUUCUCCGCUAAAAGAGGACUUUACGCCAGAGAAGCGCAAACGCUGGUUACAAUUGUUUAACAAUUUCGUAGAAAAGAAUGACGAGACGAUUAUCAAAGAGCUGGAAAAGUUUGCUGACAAAUGCGAGCGAAUCGAUUUCAAGCCCAAGGAAGUGUUGCCUGAGGAAAUCGAUGAGGAGAGAAAAAAGAAACUAUACAACAAAAUUAUGGAUAUGCAUCAGCUGAAUUUCUUUCACAAAGUGCUGCUAUUUCAACGGCUUGGCAUACGUGUAAAGGUGCAUCCCGAAGGGCGUGAACGUGUGCUCGCCUAUUUGUACGAAAACAUAUUGCCAGAAGGUCAGCAUGAGCGCCUGCGCGAAAUGCAGGAGGAAGUGAAGCAACUCAGUGUGAGGCAGCGCUACAAAGCGAAAUGGCGUCUGCACGAAUAUGAAAAAAGGCUAAAUCGUUAUGAAGCGGCUAUGCAAGAAAAACUGUUGCCACUCAUGGAGAUACUCGAUCUGGGUGAUAGCAACCGCCAGGAGCAGCGACUUGCAAACGGCAACAAAGCGCAGCACAGCGAUAGCGAUUCAGCGUCAACGUCAAAGGCUAGCGCCAAAACCGAGGCAGCGCACUCAGAAGAAACAGACCCGUUGCAAGCAAUAAGGGUGGCUACCCCAGUAAUUGCACAGAUCUCAAAAGUGCAAUUUGCGGCUGGCGAAUGGGCGCAUUUGGUCAUCGUGUGCACAGAGCGACGCGUGCUCAUUUACAAUCUACUUACGCUACGUUUGCAUGCUGUGUGUAAGCUAUCCGUGGAGCAUUUCGCCUUCGAUCCCAUUAGCAAUUUAGUCGCUGCCUUUACCAAGUACAAUGAAUUGUACGUAUUCCAACCAAAUGUACCGCUACCCAUCUACCAACGGCGCAAUUUGCCACCUUUGUACGGUGCUGCCUGGCUGCCACGGCAGCAUCCCAAAAAUCGCUCGCUCAACGUUGACUGGCAGGCGCUGUCUACGCUAUACUUUUUAACAGAGCAACAGGAAAUCUUCUUCUUGGGCGUGCCAGAUAGUAUGGACGAUGAUGCGCCGCCCCCAAUUACUUUCAGCAAUCCGGCCAAGCAGGCUGUGCAGUACAGUGUAUUUGGCACUUUUGCUCAACAACAACACUCAGAUAUGCAGAGCAGCACACGGCAGCCGAUCGGGCCGCUGGUUAUCGGCAAUUCCCACAAAAUGGCUGUCAAAUCGCUUAUUGACAUGUCCACACACACAAUGCCGCCUCUAAGUCUCCUCGCCGCCGAUUUUGUGAAAUCCCUCUUAAAAACUGCUGACUCACCAGCGAAAGAUGCAGAAGCGGAAACGGAGACGGAUGAUGCAGCGGAGCGGACGAAAAAGGCAGACAAGCCAAAGUAUAACCGAAGAAAAAUGCUAAAUGGUGGUGCUAAGUUUACGAAUGGUUACGGUACUGAUUCAGAUGACGAAAGCGAUGGGGAGGAUGACAUUGGCGCAGAGAAAAACGCGAUUGUGCAUGAGACGAAGCAUGCCACAGCCAUGGACGGCGAUGUAGAAAUGGUGGAUGAGGCGACAGCGCUGAAGAAACGCAAGAGUUUAAUCAUUAAAAAUGAGGAAAUCAGUGCAAAUGUGGCGAAAAGUGCGGCAAACAAGCAACAACGGCCGGACAAUGAGGCGCAAUUGCAACGCAUUGCAGAGACGAGUGUAGUCGUAGAGUUUUAAAAAUACAUACACACAUACAUGCAUACAUAUGUAUAUAAAUAUUUUUAGAUAAAAUAGACUUCGGACUACAAUUUUAAAGUCAUAUGAAGGGAAAAUGCAAGCGAUGUAAGAAAUAAUGAUAAGUCCAAAUUACAAACCUUCGUAACUUGUAAAAAUUCCGCUUAUUUAAUUUUUUUAUUUUCACUUUGCUUGGUACAUAUGCAAUAAUUUUGUGUGCACAUAAACAACAUAACAAACAGUUUUUGCUUACUUUAACACUGGACAAUACUUAAAGUUACAGACUGCAAUGAUUAAUUUUAAUAAAGCCGCUGAAAUUAUAUCUUAAA